UAUGUGCAUUAUAUCUAUAUAGAAAAAUUCGUUUUAAAAAAAUUCGUUUAAAUGUUUAACAAAUAAAAUGAAUAGUGAAAUUGAGGAAAAUAUACGAAAAAAAAUUCAUUGGGAUCAUUUACCAACACACGUGAAGCAAUUACUGGGCAAUUCUCAAAAAGAGUAUGAUAGAUCUAUUGUUAGUUUUAGUAUUAAGAAUCAAUUAAGAUAUCGUGGAAACUUAGUACGUAACGUUUUAAAAAAUGAACGGCGAUAUUACGAAAGAGUGGUGGCCUGUAGCCGAGAACGUCUUAUGUUAUUCCCAUACCAUUUGGCCGACAUGAUUGUUAAAGGUUUACGAAUAACACCAUUCAGCUAUUACAUCAGUGUGGUCGAACGCCUAAUACAAGCUGAUAAAAGUUAUGAUACAUUACCAAAUUUUACCGCUGCAGAUUGUUUACGAUUACUGGGUAUUGGACGAAAUGAGUAUAUUGAAUUAAUGAAUAAGUCCCGUUCGGGGCGACGUAGUUUGUUUGGACGGAGAAAUGUACGUGCAUUAUUACCGUCAGUUCCAUUAGAAAUACAUAUGGAACCUUGGUGGCGAUUAGAAGUUGGAUUAAUUCUAGAGGAUGAUAUUAAGAUGGUCACUCUAUCAGAGAAAGAACUUAUUGAUAAAUUAAUCGAUUUAGGAUCUCAAACAGCUGGUGAUUUAGAUUUUAAUAUUGUUAAAACAUUGUAUAGAAAGGGUUUAGUAUAUUUAGAUGUUCCAAUUACUGGUGCUGAUCGAGUUCAAGUACCCCCGCUACAAGGUUUCGUUAUGAAUCGUAUUUUGGGUGAUUAUUUUGAAACAUUAUUGUAUAAAAUAUUUGUGUCAAUUGAUGAACAUAUGACUGUUUCUGAGUUAGCCGCUGUUUUACAAGUUGAUGUUGAACUAGUAAAACAAGCUGUUUCAUUGUAUUGUCGAUUAGGUUUUGCAAACAAGUUAAAUGCUGAUCCAGAAUGGGAUUUAGCGAAACGGCAUCCGUCCUGGAAUAAUCGAACUUCACCACGUUUAAUUAAAACAACACCAAUAACACCAUUAACACUUGAUUUAAGUGCAUCACAACCCAGUUCAACUAUAGAUAUUAAAGAAGGUUCCACACCAAUUCAAGACAGCCCAACCACAACAAGUUUAUCACGCAGUGGUCAACGUGUAGCCUUUUUAUUUGAUUCCACGUUAACGGCAUUUUUAAUGAUGGGGAAUUUAUCGCCGGGUUUAAAAAGUCAUGCUGUUACAAUGUUCGAAGUAGGAAAACUUAGUGAUGAAUGUCUAGAUGGUUUAAUUGCUGAAUUGGAUAAAGUAUCUGUAUUAGAUGCGGAAGGUGAAGGGGAAGCACGACGAUAUUUUGAUCAUGCUGUUAUUUUACGCUCAACCGUAUUAGUUUUAAGAAAUUUAGUACCUGCUGGUUUAGAUUUGGUGCGUUGUGAAAGUUUACAUUCUUUGGAUGCAGCUUCAUGUACGAGACUAUUAAAUAAAAAAUAUAAGUUGCUGGUUUCAAUGACACCAUUGAGUCGUGAAGUUCAUCCAAUAAGUAGUGUAUCACCGCCACACUUAGGUCCUGCAAUUCCUGAAAUAAAUUCUAUAUGGUUUAAGUUAUUUAUUUAUCAUAUGACUGGUUAUGGACCACCAUCUUUAUUGUUAGUUAAAGGUACUGUACUAAAACAGUUACCCCGAAUGUUUUUAGGAUUUUCAUAUUUAUUAGUAACAGCUUGGCGACAUGAGCCCGCUAUUAUACCAUCAGCAAGUAUAUCACAUGUCAAUUCAACAUUACGCUAUUCAGCUGUUUUAAUACAAGCGUACGGUGUUCAUACAGCGGCCACAACACAAUUUGUACCAUUUCCAUUAAAUUAUAACGAUAAUAAAAAAAAUAUUGAUAGUAAAUUUUCCACAAAUUGGCAAAAACAUUCCAUUGUAAAAAACUUAACUGAAAUAAUCGAUUUAGAACACUCUUGUGGAUAUUUGACGAUGGUAUGCAUUGGUGUACGUGAUUUAGGUUGUGAGUAUCGUGAUCCAACAGUAACUCUUGGUAGCGUUAGUAAUCAACAGCAAAAUAAAGAAAAUCAAGUAAAAAAUCAUCAAGCUGUAUGUAUAAGUAAUGAAAAUUUCCACUUUCCUGAAAAACGAAAAACUGAAGAUUCAUCAUCUACAAUGUUACAAUCACCAGUUGAAACACAUUUUGCAAUUACACCUCCUCCGGCAACACAGCAAAGUAAAUCUCCGUCACCAGCAAAUGGUUUUACAUGCCCGGAGAGUACAAAUUUAUUAUGUGAAGAAUUAGAUCAAUUAGAGCAAAAUGAAAAAAGUAAGAAGAGUGUGGAUCUAAAACAAGCACCUCCUGAAUCAUUAGAUUUAGAUAUGAAUAGUUUUGAAAAUUUAUUAAUGAGUCCUGUGGAUGAGAAUAUCAAUAUGUUUACGCGUGUUAGUGAAAUGGAUAUUCUAGAUUUAACAAAAGUGUCAACCGUACAAAAUCAUAUGGAGAAUGAAAGUCAUGGAGAGGAAUGGACGAUUUUAGACUGUAAUUUUGGAGUACCUCUUUUUGAUGUGGAUGCUAAUACAAAAAUUUGUCAUGCAAUUGCAUCAAUGGGCUUAGCUAAAUCCGAAAGUUUAGAGAAAUUAACGGAAUCGAAUAAAAAGUUAUCCGAUAAACUACUAAAUUUUAUUUCACAGUGCCAAUAUUUCCCAGGUGAAACACGAACAUUAACCAGAAAGGGUCGAGCAGCUCCCCAACCAAGAAUCAGUUUAAUUUUUGAUAAUGGUAGAAUAAACGUUUGGAAUGGAAAGUGAAAAUGUUGAUGCAAUGCAUGAUGUUUUUUUUUAAAUUAUAUAUCUCCUCAAUUUUUUAAUUGAACAGUAGAUUGGAUAUUUUUCUUUCCCAACAACAACAAAACUUGUAUUAUUUUAUUAAACAUUGCCUGUUCUACCUAGCAAAAUUUUAACUAACCGAAAUGUCAAUGGGCAUAAACUUUUGUAUUAAUAAACAAAUUUUAAGCACUUUUUAAUUCUUUCUAGUCUUUCAUAGUUGGAAGAAAACAACAAAAUAAAAUAUUUUAUAG